AGCACUAAAGAUGGCGACUGCAGUGUGUUACAUUUGAGCAACUGCUGUCAGAUCAGAUUAAUAAACGUUUGCACUUCCUCGAGUGCUGUCACUUGUGUGUGUGUGUGAGGGUGUAGCUGCCUCUGAAUGAACGUGAGAAGCAGGGCAGGUGCUUCUGAGCAGACUAAAGUAUUGCAUGAGCAGCUUUCUGAGCACAAUGAGCUUGGAGGAUAUUGAGGCCCAGCUUUCAGAACUGGAUCUGCUCUCUAGUAUGUUCCCCACGGAGGAUGAGUUUGUAGUGACCGAUCAGGUGGCGCUGGCGGAGCUGAGGGAUUACGCAGAAAAAAGAGCCGCAAGUGCACCGUCUUCCAAGAUACAGUUCACAGUGAAUGUGAAACUGGAGGAGAGUAAUACAGGCCAAGGUACAGGCAAGGAGAUCGCCUUGCACUGUUCCUACCCGUUACAGUACCCAACGGUCCCACCAGAAAUCCUUGUCAGAUCUAUUUCACUAGUCCGGUCACAGCAGGCUCAGCUGAACUUGGACCUCAGCAACUAUUUAAAGAGUAACUGCAGCGGAGAUGUGUGCAUACUGAGUGCCACCGAGUGGGUCAGAGACAAUGCUGCUACUUACCUGAGGGACGCCGCACCUUCAGCAGAGACACAGGCAGAAACGGGGUCCCCUGAAAAUGCUGAGUUCACCAGACUGUGGAUUUACAGCCAUCACAUUUAUAACAAAGUAAAGAGAAAACACAUUUUGGAGUGGUCAAAAGAGAUGGACCUUUCUGGAUUUUCUAUGCCUGGAAAACCUGGCAUUGUCUGUGUAGAAGGACAGAGGGAUCUCUGUGAAGAGUUCUGGAACAGGUUGAGAAAACUGACGUGGAAGCGAAUAUUAAUACGACACAGAGAAGACAUCCCGUUGUCCUGCUCCAUAUCCGACAUCAGCAAAGAAAUCCACAAACUGAAGAAAUUUCCUCCCCUGGAAGAGAAGGCGUUUGAUGUGCACGGAGCUCGGGGGAAUCACAUGGACUUGGGGCAACUCUAUCAGUUCCUUAAUGAGAAUGGGUGUGCCAACAUCUUCCCUAUGUACUUUGGGAUUGAAGGCCGAUAAUAUAUAGUUUUGAAGAUGUUCAACGUUGUGCCUUCCUCUAUGAACAUUUUAUGGUUACUAAAUCUAAUAAGCCAGAUGCCUUAUAAAAGUUAUGGGGAUUAAAAUUCACAGUUAUUCAUGCAAAGGUUUCAGGAAAGUCCUGGUUGCUUUGUGGGUAUUCCAUGAAGGACUCAACACUAAACCACUGAAAAGUUUGCUUAACUUUAAUCGGUGUCUGAAAUGAAAAAUUUAUGGUUUAUUGUUCUAUAUUGUUUAUUUUUAAAGAUUUUCGCACACAAUAUGGAUUUUAGAAACAUUACCAUCUCCCAUGAAGUGAAAUGUCACCUGAUCAUGUGAAAUGUCUUGGGUUCAGUCAGUAUGGAAACUUACGUAUGUGUAUUUGAGUGGCAGAUGUCUUCUUCAUUCUGUAUUUGUAUUUUAGAGUUGACUUUUUAUGUGUACAUCCUAUAUGAUUUUUACACAUGGUCUGGAAUUCACUAAAUUAAGAGCUAUUUGUAUGAAA